AUGUCUCUGGCACGCCAUGUCGACCCCGACGAAAUCAUCCAAUCCCUCCACGGCCUCCAUAUGUCUUCCGCCGGACGUCAACACGUGCACUCCCAAGGUGGAACCUCUCACAUAACUCCCUAUUCUACCCGCUACGCCAGCAAGCAAGAGAUCUCCAAAUUCAAAAUCCCCCACAAUGGCGCCCCUGCCGACGCCGUCCACCAGAUGCUGAAAGACGAGCUCGAUCUGGACGGACGCCCUAACCUAAACCUCGCCUCAUUCGUCGGAACAUACAUGGAAACGCACGCCGAGCAGCUCAUGUUCGAAAACAUCAGCAAGAAUAUGUCUGAUGCAGAUGAGUACCCGGCAAUGAUGCAGAUGCACGCGCGCUGCGUCUCUAUCCUCGCUCACCUGUGGGGUGUUCAGAAGGGCGAAAGGGCCAUUGGAUCAGCUACCACGGGCUCGAGUGAAGCCAUUCAUCUGGGUGGUCUGGCGAUGAAGAGACGCUGGCAGGAAAAGAGAAUCGCUGAAGGGAAAGACACGAGUAAACCGAAUAUACUCAUGGGCGCCAACGCACAAGUCGCGCUCGAGAAAUUCGCGCGGUAUUUCGAGGUCGAGGCGAGGAUCCUCCCUGUUUCCGAGAAGUCAAACUUCCGCCUCGACCCAGAGCUCGUGAAGCAGAAUAUCGACGAGAACACCAUCGGGGUGUUCGUCAUCCUGGGCUCUACGUAUACAGGACAUUAUGAGCCGGUAGAAGAGAUCAGCAAUAUUCUAGAUGAGUACGAAAAUAAGACCGGAGUCGAUAUCCCAAUCCACGUCGACGCCGCAUCAGGGGGUUUCAUCGCACCAUUCACGCACGCGAAAGUGAAGUGGGAUUUCUCUCUCCCGCGCGUGAAAAGCAUCAACACAUCAGGCCAUAAAUUCGGGCUUGUGUACGCGGGCGUCGGAUGGAUUAUCUGGCGCGAUGAAGCGCUCUUGCCGAAACAUCUAGUUUUCGAACUGCAUUACCUAGGUGGCACCGAGGAAUCAUACACUCUUAACUUUUCGAGACCUGGUGCUCAAAUCAUUGCCCAGUAUUACAACCUGAUACACCUUGGUUUCACUGGAUAUCGGCAAAUCAUGGAGAACUGUCUGUCGAACGCACGCUUACUUUCAAAGUCAUUGGAGGCUACGGGAUGGUAUACUUGCGUCUCUGAUAUCCACCGUCCAGUCGGCGAGCACAGCUUCCUCGGCACGGCAGCGAAGGUAUUCAGCAAAGAAGACGAGACGUCUGCUGAUUACAACCCCGGCCUCCCCGUCGUAGCAUUCCGCUUCUCAGACGAGUUCAAGAAGGAAUUCCCCCAUCUGAAACAAGAUACCAUCUCCAAGCUCCUCCGCGCAAAGCAAUACAUCAUCCCCAACUACCCUCUCCCUCCCAACGAAGACAGCAUCGAGAUCCUUCGCGUCGUGGUCCGCGAAAGCAUGUCUUUCGAUCUUCUGGAUCGAUUGAUUACGGAUAUCUGUGCUACGACGCAGGAUCUGAUUGACAAUGAUAAAGCGGAUCUCGCGAUUCUGAGUAAGAGCAAAGAUACCAGCACCGAGAAAGAAUAUUCCAGUUCUGGAACACAUGCAGAUGGCUCAACGCAAGGAAGAGGAGGCAAGAGGCCGAUGAGCGAGGGUGUGCAUAGGAGUGUUUGCUAG